AAGAAGAAAAAGAAGAAACGGAGGAAGAUGAGAAGGAGGGGAGAAGAAGAGGAAGAAGAAGAAGAAGAAGAAGAAGAAGAAGAAGAAGAAGAAGAAGAAGAAGAAGAAGAAGAAGAAGAAGAAGAAGAAGAAGAAGAAGAAGAAGAAGAAGAAGAAGAAGAAGAAGAAGAAGAAGAUAGAGAAGAAGAAGAAGAAGAAGAAAGAAAAAGCAGAAAAUAA